AUGGGCAGCAGCGACAGCAGCAGCAGCAGCAGCAGCAGCAAUGGCUCCUCAUCUAGCGGCGGCAUGACGAUGAUGGGCGUCUUCCAGAGCACGACGACCAGCCCGUUGUACUCGGCGCGGUGGACGCCCGCCAGCACCGGCGCGUACGCGGGCACGUGCAUCUUCCUGAUCGCCCUGGCCGUUGUCUUCCGCGGCCUGCUGGCGCUCAAGGCGUGGCAGGAGGCGCGCUGGCUCGACCGCGAGCUCGACCGCCGCUACGUCGUCGUCAACGGCAAGGCGCCGCUGGCCGAGUCGCUCAGCCGCGACUCGCUGGCCAAGAGCGCCACCGCCGUGCUGAGCGAGAACGGCGUCGAGGAGAACGUGCUGGUCGUGAGGCGGCGCACUACCCGGGCCCGCCCCUGGAGGCUGACGGUCGAUCCGGUUCGCGCGCUGAUCGAUACCUUGAUCGCGGGCGUGGGAUAUCUGCUAAUGUUGGGUGUCAUGACCAUGAAUGUCGGCUAUUUCCUCUCAAUACUCGGCGGCACGUUUCUCGGGAGCCUUCUUGUAGGGAGGUUCGUCCUGAUUGCCGAACCACAUUGA